AAUGUUUGUCUCUUUUGUGUUGAAGCCCAAUCAAGCAGGAGAGACCAGCCUCCCCUGUUCCCAGCUGUGUGUCCAUGAAGAGUGAACAGUCUAUGGGUCAACCUAUACAGUUUAGAGAGGGAGACUUUUCUACUGAACAAAGAAACCAAAAGGAGAGAUCAGAGUCAGAGAUUCUCAGUGGUCAGUCUUCCCAGAGUCAUCAAACAGACCUGGACUCCAUAUUCAGUUUGCUUGAAGAGAAAAUGAUGACAUUCGUGAAGAACGAGCUGAAGAUGUUCAAGAGGAUUCUUAGUCCAGAACUCCCAGAAGGCUUUGAGAGUCAGAAGCAGGAUAAGGAAGUGGUGGAUGCUGAAGAUGAGAAGCAGGAGAGCAGUGCCAGAGAGGGGGCUCUGAAGAUCACACUGCACGUCCUGAGGAAAAUGAACCAGAAGGAGCUUGCUGACACACUGGAGAAAUAUUCAGAUGAGCUUGCUGUGAUUUGCCAACGUGAACUCAAAUCUAAUCUAAAGAAGAAGUGCCAAUGUGUAUUUGAGGGGAUCGCUCAACAAGGAAACCCAACACUUCUCAGUAAGAUCUACACAGAGCUCUACAUCACAGAGGGUGGAACAGGAGAGGUCAAUAAUGAACAUGAGCUGAGACAGAUUGAGACAACAACCAGGAAACAAGCAAGACCAGAGACUGCAAUCAAAUGUAAUGACAUCUUCAAACCCUUAACUGGACAAGACAAACUUAUCAGAACUGUGCUGACAAAGGGAGUCGCUGGCAUUGGAAAAACAGUCUCUGUGCAGAAGUUCAUUCUGGACUGGGCUGAAGGAAAAGCAAAUCAGGAUGUCCAAUUUGUAUUUUCAUUCCCUUUCCGGGAGCUGAAUUUGAUGAAAGAGGACAAACACACUUUCAUUGAUCUUCUCAAUCACUUCUCAAUGGAAACCAAACAAUCAAGAAUCUCCAACCUCGACAAGUACAAAGUUCUGUUCAUCUUUGAUGGUCUGGAUGAGUGCCGACUGCCCCUAGACUUCCAGAAGAACAAGAUCUGUUGUGACGUCACAAAGUCAACCUCAGUGGAUGUUCUGCUGACAAAUCUCAUCAAGGGAAAUCUGCUUCCCUCUGCUCUCCUCUGGAUAACUACCCGACCUGCAGCAGCCAAUAAGAUCCCUUCAGGGUGUGUUGACCAGGUGACAGAGGUACGAGGGUUCAAUGACCCUCAGAAGGAGGAGUACUUCAGGAAGAGAUUCAGUGAUGAGGACCUGGCCAGCAGAAUCAUCUUACACAUAAAGACAUCAAGGAGCCUCCACAUCAUGUGCCACAUUCCAGUCUUCUGUUGGAUUUCUGCAACAGUCCUUGAACACAUGCUGGAACAUAAGAGAGAAGAGAUGCCCAAGACUCUGACUGAGAUGUACACACACCUUGUGGUGUUUCAUACCAAACAGAAGAAUGAAAAGUAUCUUUGGAAAGAAGAGACAGGUCCACACUUGAAUAAUGAGAGCAUUCUGUCACUGGGAAAACUGGCUUUUCAACAGCUUGUGAAUGGCAAUCUGAUAUUCUAUGAAGAAGACCUGAAAGAGGCUGGCAUUGAUGUCAAUGAAGCUUCAGUGUACUCAGGAUUGUGCACACAGAUCUUUAAAGAGGAAUGUGGGCUGUACCAGGACAAGGUGUACUGCUUUGUUCAUCUGAGCAUUCAGGAGUUUCUGGCUGCUGUAUAUGUGUUCCUCUCAUUCAUCAACAACAAUGCGAAUCUAAUGGCCGAACCUCAAUCAACGUCCAGGAACCUUUCUGCGCUGUUCAGAGACAAGCAUAAAGUUACUUUCUACAAGAGUGCUGUGGAUAAAGCCUUACAAAGUGAGACAGGAAAUCUGGACCUUUUCCUUCGCUUUCUUCUGGGCCUCUCACUGGAGUCCAAUCAGAAGCACUUUCGAGGUCUACUGACAAAGACAAGAAGCAGCUCACAGAGCCAUAAAAAAACAGUCAAGUACAUCAAGGAGAAGAUCAGGGAGAAUCCCUCUCCAGAGAGGUGCAUCAAUCUGUUCCACUGUCUGAAUGAACUGAAUGACCAUUCUCUAGUGGAGGAGAUCCAAAGCUACCUGAGAUCAGGAAGUCUCUCAAAACCCAACCUGUCACCUGCACAGUGGUCAGCUCUGGUCUUUGUGUUGCUGACUUCAGAAAAGGAGCUGGAUGUGUUUGACCUGAAGAAAUACUCCAUAUCAGAGGAAGGUCUUCUGAGGCUGCUGCCAGUGGUCAAAGCCUCCAGAUCUGUUCUGCUGUCAGGCUGUGGAGUCACAGAGGAAGGCUGUGCUUCUCUGGUCUCAGCUCUGGAGUCAAACCCCUCACACCUGAGAGAGCUGGAUCUGAGUAACAAUGACCUGAAGGAUUCAGGAGUGAAGCUGCUCUUUGCUGGACUGGAGGAUCCCAACUGUAAACUGGAGUCUCUGAGGCUGUCAGGCUGUGGAGUCACAGAGGAAGGCUGUGCUUUUCUUAUCUCAGCUCUGAAGUCAAAUCCCUCACACCUGAGAGAGCUGGACCUGAGCUACAAUGACCUGAAUGAAUCAGGAGUGAUGCUGCUCUCUGCUGGACUGGGGAAUCCCCACUGUAAACUGGAGACUCUGAGGUUAUCAGGGUGUGGAGUCACAGGGAAAGGCUAUGCUUCUCUGGUCUCAGCUCUGAGGUCAAACCCCUCACACCUGAGAGAGCUGGACCUGAGUAACAAUUACCUGAGGGAUUCAGGAGUGGAGCUGCUCUCUGCUGGACCGGGGAAUCCCCACUGUAAACUGGAGACUCUGAGGCUGUCAGGCUGUCGAGUCACAGAGGAAGGCUGUGCUUCUCUGGUCUCAGCUCUGAAGUCAAACCCCUCACACCUGAGAGAGCUGGAUCUGAGUAACAAUGACCUGAAGGAUUCAGGAGUGGAGCUGCUCUCUGCUGGACUGGGGAAUCCCCACUGUAAACUGGAGUCUCUGAGACUCGCUGGCUGUAAACUCACAGACACGUCCUGUAAAGUGUUGGACUCAGCUCUGAGGUCAAACCCCUCACACCUGAGAGAGCUGGAUCUGAGCUACAAUGACCUGAAGGAUUCAGGAGUGGAGCUGCUCUCUGCUGGACUGGAGAAUCCCCACUGUAAACUGGAGACUCUGAGGCUGUCAGGCUGUCUAGUCACAGAGGAAGGCUGUGCUUCUCUGGUCUCAGCUCUGAAGUCAAACCCCUCACACCGGAGAGAGCUGGACCUGAGUAACAAUGACCUGAAGGAUUCAGGAGUGAAGCUGCUCUCUGCUGGACUGGGGAAUCCCCACUGUAAACUGGAGACUCUGAGGCUGUCAGGCUGUCUAGUCACAGAGGAAGGCUGUGCUUCUCUGGUCUCAGCUCUGAAGUCAAACCCCUCACACCUGAGAGAGCUGGACCUGAGUAACAAUGACCUGAAGGAUUCAGGAGUGAAGCUGCUCUCUGCUGGACUGGGGAAUCCCCAAUGUAAACUGGAGACUCUGAGGCUGUCAGGCUGUCUAGUCACAGAGGAAGGCUGUGCUUCUCUGGUCUCAGCUCUGAGGUCAAACCCCUCACACCUGAGAGAGCUGGACCUGAGCUACAAUCACCCAGGAGACUCAGGAGUCAGACUGCUCUCUGCUGGACUGGAGGAUCCACACUGCAGACUGGAGAAACUCAAUGUGGAACAUGGUGGAGAGAACAGAAUGAAACCUGGGCUUAGAAAAUGUGAGUGUUGACUGCUGUGAAGAAUAUGACUAAGAAUAAGUCUUAAUUCAAGUUAAGUCAAAGUCAAAGACCACCAUCAUUACUUACUUGGUCAUAUUAAAUAUCAGCUGUAGUUCUACAGAAGCAGAAAUCAGGGACACCAAAGUUUACAAAGAGUUGCUUUGACAAUGUGUGUGUGUGUGUGUGUGUGUGUGUGUGUGUGUGUGUGUGUGUGUGUGUGUGUGUGUGUGUGUGUGUGUGUGUGUGUGUGUGUGUGUGUGUGUGUGUAAUUAAUGGGGAAAAGUGUGUUUUAUAUUACCAUACAGUAUAACAUAUGAUCAUUCAACAAGUCUCAAGUUACCUUAACUUCUCCUUUUGAUACCUAGAAACAUCUACAUUAAAUUAAUUAGUGAAAAGUGAGUUAACAUUCUAAUGUGAAUGAUGAUGAUUUCUAAUAUUGUGUCUGGUUUCAUCCAUCAGAUGUCUGUGAUCUCACACUGGACCUAAACACAG